UUAAUGGCUACUAGAAGAGCUUUUGAACUGUGAGGUAUCUUUGACCUUGAAUGCUGAUUGCCCACCAAAGAAGAUAUCAUAGAAAUUGACUUACUGUGCCAGCACAUUUAAUUCAGGUGACAGAGGUAAAAAACAUGGUAAGAUUCAGAAGCAUAGCCAAAGUAAUGGUGAACACUUGGUAUUGGAGUAUGUUUCAUCUCUUGUUAAGCUAGCUUACUGCUUUCCUCAAAUUAAAAUUGUUCUCUACCUUCACCACGGUAACAGAGAGCUUCAAGAGGAAAUAGAGAAGGCUAUUCAAAGAUACAAAUCAACACACGACCUUGGAGACGUACAAUUAGUUGACCUAAUCGUAUCAACUCAAGCUCUAUUUCAUCACAUCGGUGUUCUCCAAAUAAUAUGUGAAGAAACUCGUAUCUUUACUAGAAAUAAAUAGCUUUUACCAGCCUGGAUUUAUUGAGCAUAAGAAGAGCAUCAAUGAGCUAGGGAUACGGUCUGGUAACUCCUUUGUGCAAGGAGUUCCAAUGGUAAAUCCAUUGCAUAAAGCACCAAGAGUUCUUACUGAUAAGAUUGAAACUUUUAAUGAUCCUGAUGAAGAAAUCAAACACCAAGGUGUUUAUGAAGUUCUACUAAACCUUAAACAAAAGAUAGAUGCUCUAAAGAUACCAGAAGAAGCUGAGAAAUCUUCUAACAAUGCAAAAGAGGAAAAGGAGAUAUAGAUAUUGCAAAAUCUGUUCUAGAUAGUACUGAGAUUUCAGUUGGAGAACAACACAAAAUAGAUGACAUUAGUGAAUCAAGGCUUACUUUCUCCAGCGAAGCUACUUUUAUAACAAAGUCAUCAAGACAGAGUCCUGAUAAAGACGAAGCCCAAUCCCAGGAUUUUGAAUUAGAUACCAUUCCAGAAGGUGUUGAUAUCGGGAAAUAAAGCUCCUAUCGAAGAAUCAAAAUCCUUUUCCAAGUAUAACUUUAAUAAUGAAUUCUACCAAGAGUCUACCAUGAAUUUCAUAUGAAAGUUAUAUUCCCAUUUCAAAAAUAAAUUUAACCAAGAAUCUGUGAGCUUCAUCAAUUCUCUCGAUAAUCUGGUUGCGCAACAUCUCAUAAAAAUUAGCAAGAAGGCUGACCAUGCGAUCGAAGAAGAUGAGAAGCUCAAAUACUUUGUUUACAUCAGAAACAAACUUUAUGUUGAGAAAUUUGUCAAGGGAACUCUAUAUGAGUUCUGGACAAAGCACAACAUUAACACCCUUCAUGCUAUGAACGAGAGCACUAAGCUCACUGUUGAUAUUCAGAAACUAGAAGAGGUAUACCAAAAAUUUGGCUUAGAUAAAGGCCAAAAGAAGGAGUCUGCAAAAUCAGGUAAAAAAUUUGCUCUAAUCACUGAUGUUUCUCUUUACGCAAGUAUCUGCUACACAAUUAUAAAGACCAUGAGUGAUAAGCAUUUUUACCAUGAGUAUGGCUCCGAGACAAACUACAAGAAGUACAUGAAGGUCAUCGAGAACUUACUCAAAAAUAUGUACAACUCCAAGUCUUUGGAGCAGAACCAGAGAGAUCUUCUCAAAAGAGACAAAUCUAUCAGGUAUCUGCACAUGAAGCUCCUAGAGAACUUUGGAGUCUUCAAAGUGAAAUCUAACAAGAAACUGGAGUUUUGUGAAUCUGCUCUCGAGCAGUUUAGCAAUAACAUGAAGAAGUAUCCUCGUAAAGACCUUAUCAAGAUGCUCAAAAUUGAGAUCCAAAAUCUUGAUGGACUUCUACUCAAUUAGAUUCAAUGAAAAU